AUGUCUCAUCCACGGCCCUCGCCGCUGGUUGCCGUUCCAGGUGCUACCCUUUUCUUGAAAAUCCAAGACCACACCAAGCAAAAACACGCUUCUAUCUUUUAUAUUGCGAAAUUGAGGAGCAGGUCUCGCUACUUGAAAAUCGUGAACGGAGUCUCAUUUCUGAACUCGAACGUCUGCGCAAUUAUUCAUGGACCUUGUAUCAUGAGUACAAUAAAGGCAAUGGGAGAGCUGGAGCAGUACAAGAUGCACCAGUGA